GCGCGGAGCCCGCCUGCGGCCAGGUGAGGCCAGGCGGCGCGGACGCGGGGCCCUUCUACGGCUGCUGCUCCCGCGGGGCCGCGGGCCGAGGAGCUGAGGCGGCGGCCUCUCAGGAAGAGGGGUCGCGGCUUGCUCGCGCUCUCUUUUGCCGUCGCAGCGUUUCCUGUGCAGAUUAUCUCUGGCUUUCCCCCUCCGCGGCCGUCUGCUUCCCUUCACACUCCCUCUCCGCUGGGUGCUCGGACGAAGCUGCCCUCCACUUCGCCUCGCCCCCCGCCCUGAUCUCCCCUCCUGGGCUUGGGGGGGACCCCGCCGGGACCAUGAGGAAAUUCAACAUCAGGAAGGUGCUGGACGGCCUGACCGCCGGCUCGUCCUCGGCCUCGCAGCAACAACAGCCCCAGCAGCACCCGCCCGGGAGCCGGGAGCCCGAGAUCCAGGAAACACUCCAGUCCGAGCACUUUCAGCUCUGCAAGACUGUUCGCCAUGGAUUUCCCUAUCAACCCUCAGCCCUGGCCUUUGAUCCUGUACAGAAGAUCCUGGCAGUGGGAACUCAGACGGGUGCUUUAAGGCUCUUUGGUCGUCCUGGAGUAGAAUGUUAUUGCCAGCAUGACAGUGGAGCUGCAGUAAUCCAACUCCAGUUCCUGAUUAAUGAGGGAGCUCUUGUGAGUGCCUUGGCUGAUGACACCUUACACUUAUGGAAUUUACGUCAAAAGAGGCCUGCCAUACUACAUUCACUUAAAUUUUGCAGAGAAAGGGUUACAUUUUGCCAUCUGCCUUUCCAGAGUAAGUGGCUCUAUGUAGGCACUGAACGAGGUAAUAUACAUAUUGUCAAUGUGGAGUCCUUCACACUCUCAGGCUACGUCAUUAUGUGGAAUAAAGCCAUUGAACUGUCAUCUAAAUCUCACCCAGGACCGGUUGUCCAUAUAAGUGAUAAUCCAAUGGAUGAGGGAAAGCUUUUGAUUGGCUUUGAAUCUGGAACAGUGGUUUUAUGGGACCUCAAAUCAAAGAAAGCUGACUAUAGAUAUACAUAUGAUGAGGCUAUUCACUCUGUUGCUUGGCAUCAUGAAGGAAAACAGUUUAUAUGCAGUCAUUCAGAUGGCACCUUGACCAUAUGGAAUGUGAGGUCCCCUGCAAAACCUGUACAGACAAUCACACCACAUGGAAAACAGUUGAAGGAUGGGAAGAAGCCAGAACCAUGCAAACCUAUCCUCAAGGUGGAAUUCAAAACGACUAGAUCUGGGGAACCUUUCAUUAUUUUAUCAGGAGGUUUGUCAUAUGACACUGUAGGAAGAAGACCUUGCUUAACAGUGAUGCAUGGGAAAAGUACUGCUGUGCUAGAAAUGGACUAUUCAAUUGUUGAUUUUCUAACACUGUGUGAAACACCAUACCCAAAUGAUUUUCAAGAACCAUAUGCUGUCGUGGUUCUUCUAGAAAAGGAUUUAGUACUUAUAGAUCUUGCACAAAAUGGAUAUCCUAUAUUUGAAAAUCCCUACCCUUUGAGUAUACAUGAGUCCCCGGUUACAUGUUGCGAAUACUUUGCUGAUUGCCCUGUUGACCUUAUUCCUGCACUUUAUUCUGUUGGAGCUAGACAGAAACGUCAAGGUUAUAGCAAAAAGGAAUGGCCCAUCAAUGGAGGUAAUUGGGGUUUGGGUGCUCAAAGUUACCCAGAAAUAAUUAUUACAGGACAUGCCGAUGGUUCAGUUAAGUUCUGGGAUGCUUCUGCAAUAAUGCUACAAGUAUUAUAUAAAUUAAAAACAUCUAAAGUAUUUGAAAAGUCAAGAAAUAAAGAAGACAGACCGAACACAGAUAUUGUAGAUGAAGAUCCAUAUGCUAUUCAGAUCAUUUCCUGGUGUCCAGAAAGUAGAAUGUUAUGCAUAGCUGGAGUUUCAGCCCAUGUCAUUAUUUAUAGAUUCAGCAAACAAGAAGUGGUUACAGAAGUUAUUCCAAUGCUUGAAGUUCGAUUGUUAUAUGAGAUAAAUGAAGUGGAAUCUCCAGAGAGUGAGCAGCCACCACCUUUGUCAACACCUGUGGGAGCCUGCAGUCCUCAGCCCAUUCCUCCUCAGUCCCAUCCAUCCACCAGUAGCAGUUCAUCUGAUGGGCUUCGUGAUAAUGUACCUUGUUUAAAAGUUAAAAAUUCACCGCUUAAACAAUCACCGGGUUAUCAAACAGAACUAGUUAUUCAGUUGGUAUGGGUGGGUGGGGAACCACCACAACAAAUAACCAGCCUGGCAGUCAAUUCAUCAUAUGGACUGGUGGUUUUUGGCAAUUGUAAUGGCAUUGCUAUGGUUGACUACCUCCAGAAAGCAGUGCUGCUCAACUUGGGCACCAUUGAAUUAUAUGGCUCUAAUGACCCUUAUCGGAGAGAGCCCCGAUCUCCUCGUAAAUCUCGACAACCUUCUGGAGCAGGUCUGUGUGAUAUUAGUGAAGGGAGUAUAGUCCCAGAGGAUCGCUGCAAAUCUCCAACUUCUGGUUCUUCAUCUCCACACAAUUCAGAUGAUGAACAAAAAAUGAAUAAUUUUAUAGAAAAGGUGAAGACCAAAAGCAGAAAGUUUUCCAAGAUGGUAGCCAGUGAUAUAGCAAAGAUGUCAAGGAAAUUAAGCUUGCCUACUGACCUAAAGCCUGAUUUAGAUGUAAAAGAUAAUUCCUUCAGCAGAUCGCGGAGUUCCAGUGUGACAAGCAUUGAUAAAGAAUCCAGAGAAGCGAUCUCCGCCCUUCAUUUCUGUGAAACUUUUACUCGGAAGGCAGACUCCUCUCCUUCUCCAUGUCUGUGGGUUGGAACUACCCUAGGAACAGUGCUUGUCAUUGCACUGAACCUUCCCCCCGGGGGAGAACAAAGACUUCUUCAGCCAGUGAUUGUGUCUCCAAGUGGUACUAUAUUGAGGUUAAAAGGUGCAAUCUUGAGAAUGGCAUUCCUGGACACCACAGGCUGCUUAAUGCCACCUGCUUAUGAACCAUGGAAAGAACACAAUAUUCCUGAAGAAAAAGAUGAAAAGGAAAAAUCAAAAAAAAGGAGGCCUGUCUCAGUAUCCCCCUCCUCUUCUCAGGAAAUUAGUGAAAACCAGUAUGCAGUGAUAUGUUCUGAAAAGCAAGCAAAAGUAAUCUCACUGCCAACCCAGAACUGUGCUUAUAAACAAAACAUUACAGAAACCUCAUUUGUGCUUCGCGGAGAUAUUGUAGCAUUGAGUAACAGUAUCUGCCUUGCGUGUUUCUGUGCCAAUGGCCAUAUUAUGACUUUCAGUUUGCCAAGCUUAAGGCCUCUGUUGGAUGUAUAUUACUUGCCCCUCACCAAUAUGCGGAUAGCCAGAACAUUCUGCUUCACCAACAAUGGACAAGCAUUAUAUCUUGUUUCACCUACAGAAAUCCAGAGACUUACAUAUAGUCAAGAGACCUGUGAAAAUCUUCAGGAAAUGUUAGGUGAACUCUUCACUCCUGUAGAAACACCUGAAGCACCAAACAGGGGAUUCUUUAAAGGCUUAUUUGGAGGUGGUGCACAGUCUCUUGAUAGAGAAGAGCUAUUUGGAGAGUCAUCCUCAGGAAAGGCUUCGAGAAGUCUUGCACAGCAUAUUCCUGGCCCUGGUGGCAUCGAAGGUGUGAAGGGGGCAGCAUCUGGAGUUGUUGGUGAAUUGGCACGAGCUCGUUUGGCACUAGAUGAAAGAGGGCAGAAGCUUGGUGACUUGGAAGAAAGAACAGCAGCUAUGUUAUCAAGUGCAGAUGCAUUUUCUAAACAUGCCCAUGAGAUGAUGUUAAAAUACAAAGAUAAGAAGUGGUACCAGUUCUGACAACUGAAAUCGAGCAAGUUCAACUUUUGCCAGGAGGAAAAAAAUUUUCCCGUUUUUAUUUCAUUGAUUAUUUAGGAAAGUUAACAUUAACAGGAUAUUCAUCACUGAAUACUGUUCUUUCCUAGCGCAAUCAUGCACUGUUUUACCUCAGUCUUUUGGCUUUACCUGAGGAGUGUACACACACACUCAAACCAGAGUAUAUGGUGUAUGCCAGCUUGAGUUGACAGUUUCGGAACUAAGCAGGUCACGUGACAAAUGAAGAAACUAAGGGGGAUGUUGAGACAUGGCAGGGACUAUUCCUUGGAUCAUUCCUGUAUUAAACUUUCAUAUGCCAAAAGAUUUCGUGCCGUUGUAUCUGCCAUCAGUGUUUGACCUUUUUUGAGGGACAGGCAAUAAGUCCGAAGUCUGAAGCUGAAAUAUUUAUAUAUGUGUCAUUGAACUGGAUUAUAAACAGCUGUAUUGGACUUUCCUUCCCUUUGUUACCAUAUCUUUAGAAUAAGCUGAAUGGUGGGCUUUAAAUAAUAAAAACAUACACAUAGUUGACUUGUGUAUGGGCUACUCUUGGA